AUGCAACAGCCAACCGAAAACUUAUUUGAAGAAGCUAAAACUGAAGAGGAUGAAGAACCAAUGGUUCGAGGGACCAAAACCUUGGCUGAUGUUUAUGCAAGGUGUAAUGUGGUAAUACUUGAACCAAGAAACUAUGCUGAAGGUACUAAGUUAGAAGUUUGGAGGAAUGCAAUGCAGGAGGAGAUAUCUAUGAUUGAGAAAAACAACACCUGGAUACUUGUUGACAGACCUGAAAAACAGAAAAAUAAUUCAGGUAAAGUGGAUUUACAAGCUGAAGGAUAUGUGAGAAGUCCUAAUGAACAUACUCUUUAUGUUAAGGAAGCUAAAGGUGACUUGAUUGUGAUAUCUUUGUAUGUGGAUGAUUUGCUGAUUACAAGAAGCAAUCCAAACCAGUUGAGCAAGUUUGAAAGGUCCAUGCAAUCUAAAUUUGAGAUGACAAAUUUGGGGGAGAUGACAUAUUUUUUUGGUAUGGAGAUUGUUCAAUCCAAGAAUGGAAUCUUUGUGUGCCAAGAGAGGUAUGCAAAUGAGGUGCUUAUAAAGUUUAGGAUGGAAAAUUCUAAACCUGCAGAUACUCCAUUAGUUUCUAAUCUGAAAUUGAGCAAGAUUGAUGGUGGGAGAAGAGUGGAUGAGGGACUGUUUAGAAGUUUGGUAGGAUGCUUGCUGUAUUUAACAGCCACACAACUAGACCUUAUGUUUGCAGCUAGCUAUCUCUCUAGGUUCAUGAGUUGUCCAAGUGAAUUGCAUUAUAGGGUAGCCAAGAGAGUGUUAAGAUAUGUGAAAGGAACCUUCAGUCUAGGUAUUUGGUUUAGGAGGGCUGAGAAUCUUGUGUUGGUGGGCUAUACCGACAGUCAUUGGGGAGGAUCACUUGAUGACAUGAAAAGUACAUCAGGAUAUGUAUUUUAUAUCAAUUCUGGUGCAAUCAGCUGGUUGUCAAAGAAGCAAGAUAUUGUGGCACAGUCCACAGCAGAGGCAUAA